AAGGCAAGUUAUGUAAGGAAUACGACGUCGUCUCCGAGAAUCUUCAGCUAGGUAGCUAGCAGCUUCAGCUGCAGAAGCGUGUUUCCGUCGCAGCGGAAGAACAAUUCUCAGUUCUCAAUUUCGGUUACUGUGUCUGUGUGUUGAAGACGAAGCAUUUGAAUUGAAUUGAAUUGAAUUGAAUUAGUGGAAAACAAAAAUGUCAGUGCAGGAGUACCUGGACAAGCACAUGCUCUCUCGAAAACUCGAGGAUGCUGUCAAUGCCGCCGUUAGGGCUAAAACCCCCGAUCCCGUCCUCUUCAUCUCGAAUCACAUGAAGAAAUCAGUGCAAUCAGUCAUCACAAAAGUGAAGGCACGUCAGAUCCUGGAUAGCAGGGGAAUUCCAACGGUGGAAGUGGACCUUCAUACCAACAAAGGUGUUUUCCGCGCCUCCGUCCCCUCCGGCGACUCCUCCGGCAUGUACGAGGCCGUCGAGCUUAGGGACGGCGACAAAGGCGUUUACCUUGGAAACGGGGUUGCUAAGGCUGUGAAGAACAUCAAUGACAAGAUUUCUGAAGCGCUUGUUGGUAUGGAUCCCACUCUUCAGUCACAGAUUGAUCAGGCCAUGAUUGACCUCGACAAAACCGAGAAGAAGGGUGAACUUGGAGCUAAUGCUAUUUUAGCCGUGUCCAUUGCUGCUUGUAAAGCUGGAGCUGCUGAAAAAGAGGUUCCACUUUACAGGCACAUUGCUGACCUGUAUGGAAAAGUCAGUCCCAUGCUUCCUGUUCCGGCCUUUACUGUUAUCAGCGGCGGAAAGCAUGCAGGCAAUAAUCUGGCCAUUCAGGAAAUAAUGAUCCUCCCAACCGGAGCAAAUAGAUUUGUGGAAGCUCUGCAAAUGGGCACCGAGACCUAUCAUCACUUGAAGGCUGUUAUAACAGAAAAAUAUGGUACACAUGACUGUAAUGUUGGUGAAAGUGGUGGCUUUGCUCCUAAUGUCUCCAGCUUUAGAGAAGCCCUGGAUCUUGUAAAGGAGGCAAUUCGCCGAGCUGGUUAUACUGACAAAAUACAGAUAGCACUUGAUGUUGCUGCUACCAACUUUUGUAUAGGUACAAGAUAUGAUCUGGACUUCAAAUCUCCUCAAAAGUCAGGACAGAAUUUUUUGUCAGCGGAGGAUAUGGGGGAGUUGUACAGGGAGUUAUGUAAUGAUUUCCCAAUUGUAUCAAUAGAAGAUCCAUUUGACAAGGAAGAUUGGGAACAUAUCAAGCGUUUCUCUAGUACUGGAAUUUGUCAGGUAGUUGGGGAUGAUCUUUUGAUGUCUAAUGCAAAACGCAUUGACAGAGCAAUACUAGAGUAUGCAUGUAAUGCUCUUCUUCUUAAGAUCAACCAAGUUGGAACUGUUACAGAGGUCAUUGAGGUGGUGAAGCAGGCAAAGGAAGCACAUUGGGGAGUCGUAACUUCUCAUAGAUGUGGGGAAACUAUAGACUCUUUCAUAGCUGAUUUAUCUGUUGGCCUUUCCGUUGGUCAGAUCAAAGCAGGAGCUCCUUGCAGAGGCGAGCGACUAGAGAAGUACAUCCAGCUACUGCGAAUUGAGGAGGAGCUUGGAGAUCAAGCAGUUUAUUGUGGUGUAGAUUGGAAGCAAUGAUGAUGAACAAUUUAAUAGGGGUUUUUUUCAGAUACGCCUUUUUUACUUUGUUGAAGUUUGAUACGCGAGGUCGAAGUUCAUUCUUGUACCAUAUUCAACAGCAUCCAAUGUACUAUUGUCUUGGUCAUUCCCGUCAUCAUUUUUUUUUUGGCUGUUACUCUUGGGGUUCUUUUGGUCGUUAUGCCAUUAGUUUAGCUAGUCUUAUCAAUGAGUAUUCAAGAAUGUUUAUGAGA